AUGACUGACCAUAGGGCGACCGACCUGGUACAUGGUCAUUUUGGAGAAUUUUCUUACGAUAUUAAUGAAGAGCAAUGGUUGUUUUCGCAGGAUUUGACUAAAAUUCAUCGAUUUCAACAACUUCUUCCAUUCGCGCAAUCCAUUCCUCCCUCGAUUCGAACUAUACCUGGAAAUGGAAAAGUAGACUCGACGAUUGCCCAUAAACAACAGAGAUGGCUCGCGAAAAAGCGACCCGAAACGUUUCCCGGAGCAAGUCUUGCAGCAAAUCUUUUGAAGGAUUUCCCGAAUGCGACAUUCAAACGUUCUAACACAAGUACAUUAAUGGGAAUUGGAGGAGCUGCGAAUGUCAAUCGUACCUUUGGUUCUAAAAUCGUACUCAUAGUAGCAAUACCGUGCGGUGAAGCUGGCCACGUUUUGAAACUGGUCAAACCUUGUUCAGAAAAAGUUGGGUGGGAGUCUCAAAAUGGAGUUCGAUUAUCGUUGAUGGGUGCUACCAACUCAGAUGAAGGGCAUUGGUUUGGUACUGGGGGGACGAUUCUGCAGAUUGCCUCUGUCGAUGACGGAAAAGAGCUCAGUACCUGGUUCGCUGUUAGACAGGCAGCUAUGACCACGAUUUUCAGACCCAUCUUUCGAAAAAUGCCAAAGCCUUUCAUAGCCCCCGCUGGGCAUGUCGCAACCUAUCCUCCAUCUUGUCUUGACGCAAAUCCCGUCGCAAUGUUAAUGUGCCAACAGUCGGGAUCAGAAGAACACGUGGAUGUCACUUUCAACCCUUGGUACGCUCGACAAUUUGCGAUUGUAGAUCGCACUGGUCGAUGGAGUAGUUGGGACAUUGAAGGCCGACAAAAAAAACGCUCUACAUGUCAAGUUGUAUCCGGGAAGAAGGCCCAUAUCUACGACGACUUUGCUGAAGAUCCUACCAUUCCAUCAUACAAACUGCCAGGAGACGUUGGCGACUGGCACCGAGUCCUCUGGGCAUGUAGCGUGAGCACUAUGGUAAUCGUGAAUAGAAAACAUCUUGCGAUUUUCGAUACGAAGUCUAAGCCGUCGCGGCUGCCUUCUUACGCAUUCAAUACCUUAUUACUAAAAGACUGGAUCUUGGAUAUCAAGCGCAGUACUGUUGAUCUUGCGCACUUGUUUGUUUUGACUACGACUCGAAUCUUUUGGCUAAAAGUCACACCGGCUGGCGAGGAUGGUCUGAACAGAGAGUCUGGAGUCAAGGUCAUUCUCUCGCAUCGACACUACAGGACUGCAACCGACGAGACGAUGACAAUGACAAUGUCUAAGGAUGAGAAUGGUACGGACUUAACAGUAUUUAUUUCAUCGAGCGAAAAUUCACGAUUGAAUUCGUACACCUUUUUUAUGGAGGGGAAAGUCGCGAGGACUUUCGAGGGGGCAAUCAGGCUUUCCCCUGGGAUAAGCGAGGAAAUGGGGUUUAGAGCAGAAAGUCUUUCUAUACGUUCUGCCCCUUACCUGAUACCGAGAGAAUCAGCCGAGGGAGUGGGACUAGAAUUCAUGGAAGCAGGCGUGAAAUUUUAUCAAGCAUGGGUGCUCACGUCAAACUUCGAGCUAGUGUCUUCUCUAUGGGCAUCUGAAAUCCUCAAUUCUCAACAGAAAUGGACGUCACGGUCCAGUCUAAUUGCACCAACAAAUAAAGUUGUGGAUAAUUCUAUCCGCAUGACCGCUAGUCGUCUUGCAGAUGACUUCAUCGUUCCUGAUGACGAAGACGAAGACAUUCUGGUGGAUCAGAUGAGAUCUCUAACAACCAAAAACGAUGUGCUUUCACUAAAUGUCAAUAAGGUCUCUACAGAUCUACUUCUCAGGAUCAAUAUGCGACCGGUAUUUGAGCGAAUAUUCAAUAAGCCGAUGUCAAACGAUUCGAACUCUGAUAUGGAAAUGGCAUUUCGAGAUAUAUCAAUUAGGAUGCAAAACGACAAGCAAGUGGACAGCAUGUCCAUGAAAACCUGUCUUGAGCUAUCGGACGAUGCAUCCCCUUCAGGCGAUCUCGAUGAGGCAGCUAAAACUGUAAUCGAAUUUUUGGAAUUUAUGAACACAUUUGAUGAGGAUGAAGGGGAAGCAUCUUCAAAAUUCCACCUUUCAAGAUUGAUCUCUUGUCCUGGAAUGUUAUUUUCUGACGAUCAGUCAUCGGACGAUAUAUGUCCUGACUUACUGAAAAUGUAUGAUCAACUCAUCAAUGUUUGGGUCACGAACCUUCCUCGGAAAACCCCUGGACCAGUUCGUCUUGCAAAGGCCAGACUCAUACGAACAAUCGCUAUGGAAUUAUGGUUGAGCUCAGUUGGUAUUUCACUCCGUAGCCAACAGCUUGAGCCAAGAACUCCACCAAUCGCUGAAGAAGGCUCACCUUUGCGCGCACUGAAGGAUAUUGACGAAGUCUCGAGGGCCAGCUCACCUCCAUACUUCAGCUCCCAAGUUCGUUCCAACACAGUACAAAAUCCACAAUUCAGUUUACCCACUCCGACUCCUUCGGUCAUAUCGGCCGCUACGAUUGCAGAGGAUUCCACCAUUGCCCGACUUCGCCAGUAUGCAGUUAGCCUUGAGCCGAAAACAGAUUUCGGUCCGGCAAGAGCUUCAAUGACUUCUCAGUGGCCAUCUAUUCCAGGUGCAGACCCAGCUGCAUAUUCUUGGGAGGAGGUUCAGAGAGCUGCAGCUGCAGAAGAGAGUGGUGGUGAUGACUAUCGUGGUCGACGAGAACAAGCCAGGCGUAAACGAAGAGCAGAAAGGUUUUUGAGUCGAGAUCGUGCUAAUGCAGCUGCCUCAUCUCAGCCCAGAGCUCAACCUUUUGGCAGUCAACCAGCCAUAUACAACACUUACAGCUCACAACCUGUUAACGAAAUACCAAUGACUCAACCGAGUAAGGGAGCUUUUGGAAGCAGAUUAGCUACCCCUGCUACUCCUGGGAAGAAAAAGUCGAAGAAGCGCAGAGCUGCAGGAUUUUAG